AUGCUAGCUAAUGGGUGCUCUGCUGACUCAACUGACGAAUAUUGCCGACUUGCGGAGAGUACUGCUAUUGAGAACCUGAAGCGCUUCUGUCAAGCAAUUCAAGCCAUCUAUGGAGCCACAUACCUCCGCAAGCCAACUCGUGAAGACUUGAAAAGGCUUCUACGCAAGGCAGACAAAAGAGGCUCCCCUGGCAUGAUAGGAAGUCUCGAUUGUAUGCAUUGGGAGUGGAAGAAUUGUCCUACUGGUUGGGCUGGCCAAUUCAAGGGCCGUCAUAACAAGCCAACCAUUGUGCUGGAGGCUGUGGUAUCUUACGACACAUGGAUUUGGCAUGCAUUCUUCGGCUCUCCCGGAUCAAACAACGAUAUCAACGCUCUUUGGUCUUCUCCUUUGUUCGAUGAGGUUGUGAAUGGAUGGGCACCAGAAUUUCGAUACAAGUGCAAAGAAGAAAUUAUUUUCCCAGAGGCAAGAGUCUUACAGGAAGGAUAUGGAGAGAGCGUUCGGGAUCUUACAAGCUUGGUGGGCCAUUGUUAG